GAAAGAAUGAGUCCCACCCACCUCAUUAAAUAUUACGUAGCGUGUCUCGCGCUCGAGCGCAGCGCAGAGGCACUCUGGACAUAGGAAGUGACUGACGGGCCGUAGCGUAAACCGCAGGACAAUGAGUUAUCCAGGCUAUCCUCCCCAGUCCGGUUAUCCUCCCCAGGCCGGUGGAUACCCACCCCAACCCGGGGCUUAUCCUCCAGCUGCAGGAGGUUACCCUCCUCAGCCUGGGAUGUACCCCCCACAGGCGGGUGGAUACCCUCCCCAACCUGGAGCUUACCCGUCCCAGCCAGGUGCCUAUCCUGGCCAGCCCGGGUCAUAUCCUUCUGUGCCUUCAGGAGGUUGGGGUGCUCCCGGUGCUCCUAUUGGCUUGGAUAAUUUGCCGAAUCCUGGAUUCAAUGCAUCAAAUCUCCCAGCAAUGGUAAAUCAGUUUGCCGCCAAUAGUGGAUUUACCCCAAAUCCAUCCAUGUUCCCUCAAGUGCCUGGUGGCUAUCCUGGCCCCCAGCCUGGGGGCCCACCAGCCCCCUCCCCUAACCAGCCCUAUGGCAUGUACCCUCAGCCAGGAGGAGGUAUGCCCCAAGGUCCGGGAAUGGGUUACCCUGGAGGCCCAACCCCGGGUCAGCAGAUGCCAGGCUUCCCAAACGCCCCAGCACCCACUCCGUCCAUGCCUAGCUAUCCCAAAGCACCCUCACCCAACCCGUCCAUGCCCGCAUAUGGAGGAGGUUACGGAGGAGCUGCACCUGCUGUUCCAGCUAUCAAUCGUGGAUUCAGAGGGACCAUCCAAGACUUCCCUGGAGCUGAUCCUCUGAGAGAUGCAGAAGUCCUCAGGAAGGCCAUGAAAGGCUUUGGCACAGAUGAACAAGCCAUCAUUAAUUUACUCGGAAGUCGCUCCAACAAGCAGCGUGUACCACUCUGUGUGUCAUACAAGACUGCGUAUGGAAAGGAUUUGAUUAAGGACCUGAAGUCUGAGCUUUCAGGAAACUUUGAGAAUCUGGUGCUGGCCAUGUUGAAGACUCCUGCUCAGUUUGAUGCAUAUGAGCUCAAAGAGGCCAUCAAGGGAGCAGGGACGGAUGAGGCCUGUCUGAUUGAAAUCUUGUCCUCGCGCUCUAAUGCAGAGAUCCGAGAGAUCAAUCAAGUCUUCAAAGCUGAAAAUAAGAAAUCACUGGAGGACUUCAUCAGUGGAGACACAUCUGGACAUUUCCGCAGACUUCUGAUCUCUCUUGCUCAGGGUAACCGCGAUGAGAGCGAGAAUGUGGACAUAUCAUUAGCCAAACAGGAUGCUCAGACUCUCUAUCAAGCAGGGGAAAAUAAACUUGGCACAGAUGAGUCGAAGUUCAAUGCCAUCCUGUGCGCUCGGAGCAAAGCUCACCUCAGAGCAGUGUUUCAGGAGUAUCAGCACAUGUGUGGCAGAGACAUUGAGAAGAGCAUCGAUAGGGAGAUGUCUGGAGAUCUGGAGAGCGGCAUGCUGGCUGUCGUGAAAUGCAUCAAGAACACACCGGCCUACUUUGCAGAGAGACUCUACAAGGCCAUGAAGGGAGCAGGAACCAAGGACCGCACUUUGAUUCGCAUCAUGGUGACCCGCUCUGAGGUGGACAUGAUGGACAUUCGUCAGGAAUACAUGAAGAACUAUGGGAAAUCUCUAUACACAGCCAUAUCUGGAGACACUUCUGGGGAUUAUAAGAAACUACUGCUGAAGCUCUGCGGUGGAAGUGAUUAGAAGAUACAGAUGCUCGCAGACAUUAAGAGGACAUGAAGCCACACCACGAUUCCUAUACAUUUAAUGCAUUAGUUUAGUUUGCACUCUAUUACUAACUUGCAUGUUUUACUGUAGUCAAGUGCAUAUGUGACCCUGGACCCCAAAACCAGUCUUAAGUGUCAAUAAAUAAGCUUCCCAUUGAUGUAUGGUUUAUUACGAUCGGACAAUAUUUGAAAAUCUGGAAUCUGAGGUUGCAAAAAAAUCAAAAUAAUGCGAAAAUCACC